AUGGCCAAGAAAUACGAGGGAGUUGCUAUCGGAAUUGACCUAGGCACUACUUACUCAUGUGUUGGAGUGUGGCAAGAACAAAACAACCGUGUAGAAAUAAUACACAAUGAUCAAGGAAACAGAACAACACCUUCUUGUGUUGCUUUUACCAACACUCAAAGAUUGACUGGUAAUGCUGCCAAAAAUCAAGCUUCCUCUAACCCAGCCAACACUGUCUUUGAUGCUAAGAGGUUGAUUGGAAGGAAAUAUAGUGAUUCUGUUAUUCAAAAUGAUCUACAGUUGUGGCCCUUUAAGGUCAUUGCCGGGGAUGAUGAGAGGCCGAAGAUCGUUGUGAAUUACAACGGUGAAGAAAAGUACUUUGUUGCCGAGGAAAUAUCAGCCAUGAUUCUCUCAAAGAUGCGAGAAAUUGCAGGGGCAUUUUUGGAGUCACCUGUUAAGAAUGCAGUGAUUACCGUACCUGCUUAUUUUAAUGAUACACAGCGAAGAGCCACCAAGGAUGCGGGUGAUAUUGCCGGCCUCAAUGUGAUACGGAUAAUCAACGAACCUACUGCUGCUGCCCUUGCAUAUGGCCUUCAAAAGAGAGCUAACUGUGUUGAAGAGAGAAAUAUUUUCAUCUUUGAUCUUGGUGGUGGAACUUUUGAUGUGUCUCUCGCUACGAUUAAAAAUAAUGCCUUUGUAGUCAAGGCCACUGCCGGAGAUACUCACCUUGGAGGAGAGGACUUUGAUAAUCGAAUGGUGAAUCAUUUUGUGAAUGAGUUGAAGAGGAAAAACAAAGUUGAUAUUAGUGCAAAUUCAAAAGCCUUAAGGAGGUUGCGAACUGCGUGCGAGAGGGUAAAGAGGACACUUUCAUAUGAUACUGAGGCCACAAUUGACAUAGAUGCUUUAUAUCAAGGUAUGGACUUCUGUUCAUCAAUUACUCGGGCCAAGUUUGAGCAACUGAACAUGGACCUCUUUGAAAAGUGUAUGGAGACUGUUAAGAGUUGUUUUAGUGAUGCUAAGAUGGACAAAAAUAGCAUUGAUGAUGUUGUACUUGUUGGUGGCUCUUCUAGGAUUCCCAAAGUGCAGAAUCUAUUGCAAAGCUUUUUCAUAGGUAAGGAUAUUUUUAAAAGCAUCAACCCUGAUGAGGCUGUUGCUUAUGGUGCUGCUGUCCAGGCUGCUUUAUUGAGUGGAGGCAUUAAGACUGUUCCGAAUUUGACGCUGCAAGAUGUUAUACCUAUGUCUCUUGGUACUUCAAUACAUGGAGAUAUCAUGGAUAUCUUGAUACCAAGGAACACUUCCUUUCCUGUCAAGAAGACAAAACAGUAUGUUACUUGUAAAGAUAACCAAACUUCUGUCCUGAAUGAAGUUUAUGAGGGUGAGAGAUUAAUAGCGAGUGAGAACAAGUUGUUGGGUUUUUUUAGGAUCUCCGUUCCUCCUGCACCUCGAGGCCUUCCUCACAAAGUAUGUUUUGCAAUAGAUGCUGAUGGUAUUUUGAAUGUCUCGUGUGAGGAUGUAACGUCUGGGAAUAAGAAAGAUAUUACGAUAACUAAUGAAAACGGAAGACUAUCAACGGAUGAAAUUCGGAGAAUGAUUCAAGAAGCUGAGGACUUCAAGGCUGAAGACAUGAAGUUCAAGAAGAAAGUUGAGGCAAUAAAUGCUUUGGAUGAUUAUGUUUACAACGUGAAAAAAGUUAUGAAGGAUAAGAGUUUUUUGAUUUCCACAGAAAGGGAAAAUGAGAUCACUUCUGUGAUAACAAAAUGUGAAAAUUUGCUUGAUGGUGACAAGAAGGAAGAAACCAAUGUGUUUGUGGACAUGUUGAAGGAGCUUGAGAGCAUCGCAGAAUCUGCUUUUGGGCACAUUAAGAAAUGGGUAGGUUGA